CUAUACAAGUUACGUUGAGUUUUAUCAACUAUGUCGAAGCACAAGAAAUCGAAACGAAGACAUAGAGAGAGAAGUCAUCGUAGGAGAGAUCAUAAAUGUCAUCACCGCAGCUGGGACUCGUCGUCUUCGACGAACUACUCGCCGAGGUAUAAACGUAGGAGGUCGUACAGCCCGGGUAAAAUAUCGGACGAAUCAAGAGAGAGCUCAUAUACUCGUGAAAGUAGAAGCAGGAGCCACUCUCGAGACCGCUCGUCGAGCAUCUCGAAGAAUACGGAGCACACACCAACACGCUCUCGAGAAUGAUCGCCGGAAAAAGUUGUUCCUGCAACUACGCAUUCCGCGGCAAUGACGACGGAUGACAAGUCAUCGGCGGGAAAAAAGGAGGUUAAAAUUUCAUCGAGCGUAACGGUCUUCGAGAAUCAGUCGACAGAUGGUAAUGCAGAGAAUAACCCCCAAAGAGGAGCCAACGACGCUCCGAUGACAGAAGAAAUUGUGAACGUGCUCGGCUCUCGCUUGAAGGAGGACAAAGAAUUUUCUCUUGCAGUACACUCCCACUUUAAUUCCAUUUGGAACCUACCAAAACCUACCGAAUGAUGCCAAAAAAGAGCUCAUCAAAAAGUAUCCGAUAACAAUAAAUUGCGAGUUUUUCGAGACGCUACUGCAGUGAUCGCCAGUCUUUCCAAGGUUUUAUCUCAUAUGAUA